UCUGCAAGUUCGCAUUUCUUUUACUUCACUAUGUCCGUUUCGAGUUCCGCUGUGCCUGCGCCUAUCCUGCCUCCAGAGUCGAAAAAUGGCAUACUAAGCGAUGAUGAAGAAGCACUCCCUUCUAGCAUAGAAGCUACACCUAAGUCUCGUACACCAUUUCUUCGGACUACCCUCUUUCAGAUCCUUAUCGUAGGUGCUUGCGCCUUUUGUGCACCGGGAAUAUGGAGUGCUAUGAACGGUCUAGGUGUCGGUGGUUCGCAGUCUCCUGAUUUGGUGAAUGCAGCGAAUGCACUUUUGUACGCCUUCAUGACAGUAACUUGUUUUCUUGGACCUUGGGUUACCAAUUUGAUUGGUUUCAAAUAUACUCUUGCUAUUGGCUCAUUGGGUUACCCACUAUAUGCCGCAGGACUCUACGUCAACAGUCGGUUUCUCGUUGAGUGGUUUGUCUAUGUUGGUGCUGUAGCUUGCGGUCUUACAGCUGGCAUAUUCUGGAGUGUUGAAGGUGCAAUUGCAACGGGCUAUCCUGAAAGCAACAAGAGAGGCAGGUAUAUCGCUACAUGGUUUACCUUCAGAAAUUUCGGCAAUAUCAUCGGUGGCGCAGUUUCACUCGGGAUAAACCACAAAGUCAACCACAAGGGUAAAGUCGGGUAUCAGACGUAUUGGGGAUUUAUCGCAAUCCAAUGUCUCGGCCUUUUCUUAGGCCUGCUACUGUCAAAUCCCGAGAAAGUGGUCAGAGAUGAUGGGACGAGAAUUGAAGCUCCAAGAGGGACCAGCUGGAAAACAGAAGCAAAUGAAAUGUGGCGAUUGUUGAAGAGCAAGUCCAUUCUCUUGCUCACGCCCUUAUUUUGGUACUUCGGCUGGAUUCAAGCCUAUCCGGGUACUUACUUGGCGACCUACUUUACCGUACGUUCCCGUGCGCUUGGAAGUCUUAUGUCUGCCAUCGUGGGAACAUUUGCCACCUGGCUAGGUGGAUCUUUGGUUGAUCUUCCGUGGCACAAGAGCAGACAAGUGCGCGCAAUCGCUACUUUUGUUUUGAUUGCGGCGCUGAACUCGACUACAUGGAUCUGGGCCGUAUACAUACAAAACGAAUAUCGGCACACAAAACCAACAUUGGACUGGGGUGACCAAAGGGCCUUCAGUCGCGGGUUCGGCGUUUACAUGUUCGAACGGAUCAGUCUAGGCAUGGUUGAGAACUACAUCUAUUGGUGUAUAGGCAACUUGUCAGAUUCUCCAGGUGACCAAAUCAGGUAUAGUUCGCUUCUCAGAGGCAUCGAGACGGCUGGUGUAGCGGUUGGUUUUGGAGUGCAGGCCGUGCCUACGGCGCUGAUUGCAACGGCGAGCAUUAAUUGUGGGUUGUGGUUCUUUGCAUUACCUUUCAGUUACUAUGCUACACUUAAGGUGGUGCGAAACUUCAACCAGAUUGACGCAGAGCAAAAGGUGGUUGGCGUGGAGACAGCAGGUUCACAGAAGAGACAGUUCAAGUAG